CCGUCUGUUCCGUCUCUUUGCUCAAAUUCACGUCUCUCUCUAUUUCUCUCAUCCAAAGCUCAAUCUCUCACUCUUCUCACAAUCCCAAUCUAUACAUACACUUUCAAACGUAUAUGUAUAUGUAUAUGUAUAUGUGUGUGUAUUAACUUCUGAUGAUCGGUUUGGGGGUGGAGAUUGGUUUGCGAUCGGUGAAUGUUUAGUUUUGUGCUGAGUUUCUGCGAUCGAAGUUGAAUGUUCUGGGAUUGAGUGGAAAUCUGGAGAAGAAAGGUUUGCAUACAGAUAUAAUCUUGGAAUCUGUAUUUGUGUGUGUAUAGAGAGAGAGAGUAUGGCGUCGACUGUGCCGGCGAAGUCACAGCCGCUGCAUAACUUUGGGUUGCCGCAAAUGUGGAAGAAGAAUCACCACUCCAACAACCACCAGCGCGGCCGCUGCGGGAAGCUCUCGUCGUCCGGGGACGGGGAUUCCGGUUCUUCGCCGUCGCGGUAUGGUUCGCCGCUGCGGAGGGAGGAUUCGGGUUCGGAAUCGGGUAAGAACAGGAAGGAGAGAAGCCCGCAGAAUACGGCUGCCGAGAGCGGAAAGAACGGAGCUUUAUCAGCAGAUCAGGGUAUCGGGAAGUCGGAGAAGAAACGUAAGGUAUCGGAGGUGGAUGCGGUGGGGGGGAACAAAGAAGGCAGAUCAAAGAUACUGCUGAAACUCCCUCGGAAAAUUAAGGCGGAAGAAGCUCCGGAAGAGAAGAAGACGGCGGCGGCGGCGGCUGAGCUUCAAGAUGCGGGGAAAGAGGCUGCGCCAGUAGAGGAGGAAGCAGGGGGGGAGCCGGUAUCAAAGACGUGGAAUUUGCGGCCCAGAAAGCCGGCACACCGGAAUAUGAACGUGGAUCAGUUCAGAGCCGCCGGAGGAGGUUCGGGUACGCACGAGAAUACAACUCAAUCUUGUCACCGGAAUGUGAUCAGGCCGGAAGCCGAACCCAAUACCUCUCAACGAAAGAGGAGACAAAGAUUCUCCAUUUCACUCUCGCGAGAAGAGAUUGAGGAAGAUAUAUUCUCCAUGACCGGAUCAAAGCCUGCAAGAAGGCCUAAAAAGAGAUCAAAGAGUGUUCAGAAACAGCUUGAUAGUGUUUUUCCAGGUUUAUGGUUGGCAUCAAUAACUCCUGAUUCCUAUAAAGUCAAUGAAACUCAGCAGAAGGUUUAGAGAGAAGAUCAUCUUGGUAAGGUCACCCUUCAAGUGGUUUUUGAAAGUUUGAGGAGGAUGACUUUCUUAUUUUGCCAUCUCAUUAUAGCAUCAGCUGCAACCUGUAAAGGUAGAAGGGGGAAUAAGCUUUUCUUUUUGGUUUUCUGUGAGACUGCACAGAAAUGUAGGUGACCUUAGUUCUUGUUCUGCUUACUUUAUUCAUAGCUCCAGAUGUACAUGAAGCUUUUCAAUCAUUUUAAUGCACUCUAUUUCCUAUCAUC